GGGGACCGGCGAGUCCACCAUCCCAUUCCCGUACCACCCGCUUCUUCCAACUCCAACUCUCCAAGGCGCUGUGCUGGCUGCUGGCCUGCUGCUACCGACUGCCGCAACUGCUCCGCAUCCCGGCCUUGAUUAGCAGCAGUUACGCCCGCGCAGGACAGCGGCCUUGAUUAGCGAAGUAUUCCUUUGCCCUACCUCUCUCCCUACCCCGUUCCGACGCGGCGGCCGUUGAGCACCUGCCCGGAAGCUAUAGCUUCGGCCAUGGCCCAAGAUGCCGGCGACGGCGGUGGGGAACUCCCGCCGCCCGUAAAGAAGAAGUCACCGGCGGAGGAGGAGGCCGAGAAGAGGAGGAAGAAGCUUACACCUGGGAGCUUAAUGAAGGGCAUUAUACGGUCUGGGAGCGGUGAUGCCACCCCUGCAGAGGGCGAUCAGGUUAUACUUCAUUGCACUACUCGGACAAUUGAUGGUAUCGUUGUAAAUUCUACAAGAAGGGAGCAUGGAGGUGUUGCAUCAUCUCUGAGCACAUUUCACCACUAUGUAAAGGAAUCCCACUCAGAUUUGUUUUAGGGAAGAGCAAGAUGAUCCUAGGCUUUGCUGAAGGCUUCCCAACAAUGCUGAAGGGUGAAAUUGCUAUGUUCAAAAUGCAGCCUAAAAUUCACUACGCUGAGGACGAUUGUCCAGUUGCAACUCCAGAUGGCUUUCCGAAGGAUGAUGAACUUCAAUUUGAGAUUGAAAUGUUGGAUUUCUUUAAAGCCAAGGUUGUGGCAGAUGAUUUAGGGGUUGUAAAGAAGAUAGUUGAAGAAGGGAAGGGAUGGGAAACACCUAGAGAGCCAUAUGAAAUAACAGCACGGAUAACUGCAAGAACAGCAGAUGGAAAAGAAAUUAUUCCGAGUAAAGAAGAGGCAUAUUUCUUCACUAUUGGUAAAUCUGAGGUACCUAAAGGGCUUGAGAUGGGCAUCGGAACAAUGUCACACAAGGAAAAGGCAAUUAUUUUUGUCAGUAGUACUUAUUUGACGAAGUCCUCACUAAUGCCACAGCUUGAAGGCCUUGAAGAAGUUCAUUUUUACAUUGAACUGGUUCAGUUUAUCCAGGUGAGAGACAUGCUUGGUGAUGGUCGACUAAUAAAACGACGUGUAUUUGAUGGAAAAGGUGAAUUUCCAAUGGACUGCCCUCUUCAUGAUAGCCUAUUAAGAGUGCAUUAUAAGGGCAUGCUCCUUGAUGAACCAAAGUCAGUUUUUUAUGAUACACGUGCCGAUAAUGAUGGUGAACCGUUGGAAUUCUGUUCUGGAGAAGGCUUGGUACCAGAGGGUUUUGAAAUGUGUGUUCGGCUAAUGCUUCCUGGUGAAAAAUCUAUUGUCACCUGCCCACCAGAUUUUGCAUAUGAUAAGUUCCCAAGGCCAGCAAAUGUUCCUGAAGGAGCUCAUGUUCAGUGGGAAAUUGAACUACUUGGAUUCGAAAUGCCCAAGGAUUGGACUGGCUUAACUUUUGAAGAAAUCAUGGAUGAGGCGGACAAAAUAAAGAACACGGGUAACAGACUGUUUAAAGAAGGAAAAUUCGAACUUGCAAAGGCGAAAUAUGAUAAGGUGCUUAGGGAAUAUAACCACGUGCAUCCUCAUGAUGAUGAAGAGGGAAAAAUCUUUGCUAAUUCAAGAAGUUCCCUACAUCUAAAUGUAGCCUUUUGCUACCAGAAGAUGGGCGAAUACAGAAAAUCCAUUGAAACAUGCAAUAAGGUGCUGGACGCAAAUCCCGUGCAUGUGAAAGCUCUUUACCGCCGAGGAACGUCCUUCAUGUUACUUGGGGACUUCAACGAUGCAAGGAAUGAUUUUGAGAAGAUGAUUACCAUUGACAAGUCAUCAGAACAGGACGCUACAGCUGCCCUCCUUAAACUUAAGCAGAAGGAACAGGAAGCCGAAAAGAAGGCGAGGAAGCAGUUCAAAGGACUCUUUGACAAGAAGCCAGGAGAGAUAUCCGAAGUUGGUGUAGAAUCAGACGGUGGAAAGGAUGCAGGUGAUGCAAGAGUCAAUGGUGGUGAGGCAACGAGUGCUGAUAGAGGUGUAAACACAAAUGACAGUCCGACCAGCGAAUCAGAGUACGCCUUCGAGGAAGAGAGGCCCGGGCUUCUUGGCAGCUUGUGGCCCUCUGCGAGGAUGAUCUUCUCGUCUCUUGGCAUGAACAGGUGCGCGAUACUCUGAGGUGUCCAGUGUGUACUGCGGAGACAUCCAAAAUCAUGGCAGUGAAGAGGAACUGCCCCGAGGUUUCUGGUAUUUAUUAGAGUAAGUUUGGAUGUAUGGAAAAUGAACAGUGUGCAAGAUGUAAAUGAGAAACAAUAUGCAGGGAAUUUUAAUAGCUAUCUAGGAUUCAUUAUCUUCCACGGCAUAAAAUAAUUUCCCAGGUUUCUUCUAGAA